CGCCACCGCGGGGCGGGGCCCAGGCCGGGGGCGGGGCGCCGGGCGGGCGCGGCGUUAUUUCCAGCCUUGCCGGAGGCUCCGCUCGCACUUCGCUGGGAGCCUUCCCGGCGCUCUAGCCGGAUCUGGCGGUGCGGUGGGGAGAGGAGAGGGCGGCGGCGGGAGGCUGGAGGUGGGAGGCGGGGGACGGACCCGGGCUCGGGGCCGAGGAAGAACACGCCACCGCACCCUCUCCCGCUCCCUCUCCUGCGCGCUCCGGCCGCCGGCCCGCGCCGCUAGCCUCACCCACCGCACCGGUCUCCGCUCCGAGCGGGAGGAGGCCCCGGGCCCGAGCUGGGGCGGAGGUCCUCCCUGCCGCGCGGCCCCCGGGAGCCGAGGAUUCGCCGUGGAGGACCGAGCCCGGGCUGGAGGCGCCCGCGGCCCCGCGAGCGCCGGCUGCGCCAGGUUUAAAGGUCAACAAGAAUAUCUUACCUUAAUUUGACAAGUGUGUAAGAAAUAAGGUAAGACCAGUUUAUGUUCUGGUAAUGCACAAAGAAAUCUAUAAAUCAAGCUGGGCGAAUAUUAGAUGAUGCCAUAUCGGAACCAUCUGCCUUCAUUCUCAAAAGAAUCGAUACCACAAAGAACGCACCGAAGAUAUAGUGAUUUAUGCCCUUGUGUCAGAGGAGAAAUAUUGGCCAUUUUUCGAGUCACUUCAUAUGAUCCUAAAACAACAGGGCCUGAGGGAAAGAAUGAGAGUGACCAUAACCCCACGCGUGUCGAGGAGCAAAUCUGCUGCUUGGUGUUUGAUUAUCUCCGCUUGAGAAAGGACCGUGGCCUGAUGGAUGCUUGGUGUGGAUGAUGAGGGAAGAACGCACCUCCCACACCCGAGAGGUGACCCCGGAGCAAGCCCCGGAUGACCCCGCGAGCCGGAACCAUGCGGCUAGCCUGCAUGUUCUCAUCCAUCCUGCUGUUUGGAGCCGCAGGCCUCCUCCUCUUCAUCAGCCUGCAGGACCCCACGGAGCUCGCCCCUCGACAGCUGCCAGGAAUAAAGUUCAGCAUCAGGCCACAGCAGCCCUACAACGACCUCCCACCAGGCAGUUCCCAGGAUGGUGACUUGAAGGCACCUACGGAGAAGGUCCCUGGAGACUUGUCCAGCCAGGCCCCCAGGGGCUCCCGCCUGCUGGUGCCCGACCGGCCUCAAGCCCAGCUAAGCGUAGGGUCCCGGCUCCGGCCCCGGCAGCGCCGCCGGCGGCUGCUUAUUAAGAAAAUGCCGGCUGCGGCCGCCAUCCCGGCCAACGGCUCUGCUGGUGCCUUGGCGCGGCCCGCACCCUGGGCCCCUGACGGCCACUGGGUCACCCUGCACCACAGCCAGCAGGAGCGCAAGCGGGUGAUGCGGGAGGCGUGUGCCAAGUACCGGGCCAGCAGCAGCCGCAGGGCGGUCACCCCCCGCCACGUGUCCCGCAUCUUCGUGGAGGACCGCCACCGCGUGCUAUACUGCGAGGUGCCCAAGGCGGGCUGCUCCAACUGGAAGCGGGUGCUCAUGGUGCUGGCGGGGCUGGCCUCAUCCACCGCCGACAUCCAGCACAACACGGUGCACUACGGCAGCGCCCUGAAGCGGCUGGACACCUUCGACCGCCAGGGCAUCCUUCACCGCCUCAGCACCUACACCAAGAUGCUCUUCGUCCGCGAGCCCUUCGAGAGGCUGGUCUCCGCUUUCCGCGACAAGUUCGAGCAUCCCAAUAGCUACUACCACCCCGUGUUCGGCAAGGCCAUCCUGGCCCGGUACCGGGCCAACGCCUCCCGGGAGGCCCUGCGGACGGGCUCUGGCGUGCGCUUCCCCGAGUUCGUCCAGUACCUGCUGGAUGUGCACCGGCCCGUGGGCAUGGACAUCCACUGGGACCACGUCAGCCGGCUCUGCAGCCCCUGCCUCAUCGACUAUGACUUCGUGGGCAAGUUCGAGAGCAUGGAGGAUGAUGCCAACUUCUUCCUGAGCCUCAUCCGGGCGCCGCGGAACCUGACCUUCCCCCAGUUCAAAGACCGGCACUCGCAGGAGGCGCGGACCACGGCACAGAUCGCCCACCAGUACUUCACCCAGCUCUCGGCCCUGCAGCGGCAGCGCACCUACGACUUCUACUACAUGGACUACCUGAUGUUCAACUACUCCAAGCCCUUUGCGGACCUGUAUUGAUGGGCGGCGGGGGGGAGGUGGGGGGGGGCAGCUGGCCACGGGCAGCCCAGCCCCGCGUGCCCGCACCUGUCCACAGGGGCUCUGGGGACAGGAGGAGCCGUGACUGCUCGGUGCCGCGGGCCCUACGUGGGGGGCAGAGGCCCGGGCCUUGGAUGGGGGCCUCUGGCCCUUGUCCCAUCCCCACUUCCUCACUUCUCAGCUGAGGAAGAUGCCAGGGGUUGAGCAGGACCCCAGGAGUCCCAGCUGCAGACACCCAGCUCAGCUAAGAGUCAGGAUGACCAGGGAAUUCUGAGGCCCAGAAGACGAGGGCCCCAGCGGUGAGGGACUUCCUGCGGUCCCUUCGCCAUUGCCUUGUACCAAACCACAUGGUUUGCAGCUUUUCUAUGACCCAGCGGGGGAGGUUCCCUCGGAAGGAGGUUCCAAAUAAAGCACAUGGUUU